CGACGAUGCCGCUCAUCCGCAUCGAAGUCUGCGACUUCAAGUCUUACCGCGGCCACCAGGUCAUCGGCCCCUUCCGCAACUUCACCUCCGUCAUUGGCCCAAAUGGCGCGGGCAAGUCCAACCUCAUGGACGCCAUCUCUUUCGUUCUCGGAGUCAAGUCUGCCCAGCUCCGCUCUAGCCAGCUCAAGGACCUCGUCUACCGUGGCCGUAGACUCGCCCGAAACCCAGAUGGGGAGGGCGCUGGUCCUUCUCAGCCUCAGCAGGACGACGAAGAGGAGGGCGAGGGGGAAGGCGAGGGUACGGCAACCAAGGCGUGGGUUCUCGCUGUCUACGAGGACGCGGACAAGAAGGAAUGGCGUUUCCAACGAACUAUUUCCACGACCGGAGCGUCCGAAUACAAACUGAACAACCGCGUCGUGACGUACUCCGCGUACAACGCCGCACUCAUCCAGCACAACAUCCUCGUGAAGGCCAAGAACUUCCUCGUCUUUCAAGGCGACGUCGAGGCCGUCGCGUCGCAGUCGCCCAAGGAGCUCGCGCGGCUCAUCGACCAAAUCUCCGGGUCGCUCGAGCUCGCGCCCGACUACGAGAAGGCACGCGAGGCGCUCGAACGUGCGACUGAGAACGCGACGUUCAACUUCACGAAGCGCCGCGGGAUUGCGGGCGAGAUCAAGCAGUACAAGGAGCAGAAGGGCGAAGCGGAACGCUUCGAGGCGCUUUGCCAGGAGCGGGACGAGCUCGUGCUCCGCCGCAUCCUGUUCAAGCUCUACCACAUCCAGCACUCUCUCGAGGAGCAUGCUCGGGCUAUCAAGGAGCAGAACCAGACGCUCGCAGGUCUACGUGCGGAGCAGCGCAAGCACGAGAAGGCGCUCGAGGACGCGCGCGCUGAGCAAGCCAGGGCGCGGUCGAACGUCAUGCAGAAGGAGAAGCGUAUCAAGAAGGCCGAGAAGGCCUUAGAGACCAAGCGCCCAGACUUAGUCCGAAUCGAGGCGCAGAUCAAGCACGCCGAGCGGAAGCGCGAGAAGGCACAGCAGGAGCUAGAGAAGCUCCAGCAGACCGAAGCUGAGCAGCGGCGGAAGCUGCAGGCGCUACAAGAGAACCUGCAGACAGUGCAAAGAGCGGCAAACGCGGCGCAAGAGGUGCAGCGUCGCGCGGCGCAAACUAACCUAUCGCUGAGUGAAGAGAGUUUGGAGGAGUACCGGAGACUUAAAGCAAGCGCGAGUAUCCUUGCCGUCGACGAGAGGCAGUCGCUCGAGACGCUGUCACGAGACGAGAAGACGGCGGGCCGUACACUUGCCCAGCUCAAGGAUAAGCUCGAGCAGCUGACACAGAAGCGCGACAAGUUGUCGGAAGAGGACCGCACACAGAGUCAGAAGAAGGCAGAGCUCGACGAGAAGGUGUCAGAGUUGGCGGCAGAGCUUAAGCGCGUGAAGCAAGAGCACGACAACCAGGAGUCUGAGCGCAUGCGUAUCGAACAGCUUGAGAAGGAGAUCAACGAGAAACUCGUUGACAUCUACGAGAAGCUGACGCAGGCGGGCGUCGACCAGCAGGAGUCGCAGCGCGAGACGCGGCUGAAGGAGACGCUCGCGAACCUGCAGCGGAUCUUCCCCGGGGUGCGCGGACGCGUGGUGGACCUGUGUAAGCCGACGCAGCGCAAGUACGAGACGGCGGUCGCGGUCGUGCUCGGGCGGAACAUCGACGCGAUCGUGGUCGACGAGGAGAAGACGGCGAUCGACUGCAUCGAGUACAUGCGCAACCAGCGCGCGGGGCAGGCGACGUUCAUCCCGCUCGACACGAUCCAGGUCAAGCCCGUGAACGACAAGUUCCGCGCGUUCGCGAAGGGCGCGCGGUUGGCGGUGGAUGUUAUACAUUAUGACCCCGCGGUGGAGAGGGCGAUGCAUCAUGCAUGUGGGAAUGCGCUGGUGUGCGACUCGAUGGAGGUCGCGCGGUAUGUGUGCUAUGAGAAGGGGCAGGAGGUGAAAGCUGUUACGCUUGAGGGGACUAUCAUCCACAAGAGUGGUCUCAUCACUGGUGGUAAGAGUUCGCAGCAGAACGGCAAGAAGUGGGAAGAGAAGGAUGUGCAAGGCCUCCAACGCGUGCGCGACAACUUGAUGGCGCAACUCCUCGAACUUGGCAAGUCGAAGCCUCGGGGCAAGGAGAGCGAGGUCCUCAUCGCGGAGAUCAGCCGCCUAGAAUCCGCUCUGCACGUCGCGCGCGACGACCAAAAAGCGAAUAAGACGCGGCUGUCGGGCAUCAAAGACGAGCUGAAGCAUGUCGAGCGCGAGAUCCGCGCGCUGCAGCCGGACCUGCGCAAGGCGCAGGCAGCGUACGACAGCGUGAAGGGCAAGAUCGACGCGCUCGCGGCGGUGAUCAACGAGGCGGAGGACGGCGUGUUCGAGGAGUUCUGCGAGGAGAUCGGGGUCGCGAAUAUUCGCGAGUACGAGGAGCGCCAGCUGAAGGUGGCGCAGGCGGAGAGCGAGGCGCGGCUGCAGUUCGACACGCAGAUCGCGCGUCUUACGCAUGCCAUCCAGUUUGACGAGCAGCAGCUUAGGGUGACGGAGGAGCGGCUGAAGGCUUACGAGGAUAUCAUCAAGUCUGAGGGCGAGAACCUGGCGAAGCUGGAGGACGAGAAGACCGCAGCGCAGGAGGAGAUCGCAGAGGCGGAGGAGGCGAUCCAGACGCUGCAAGACGAUCUGAAGGCGCUCGCCGAGGAGCUCGAGGAGAAGACGAAGAAGGUGGACGAGGUCAAGAAGACGACGAAUAGGGCGGGCAAGGCGCUUGACCAGGCAUUGAAGGAGGUCGCCGGCCACAACGACGAGAUUGAGAAGCUUGGGUUGGAGCGCUCUGCGAUCUACCGGAAGUGCAGGCUGGAUGAGAUCAAGCUGCCGCUGCUUACCGGUAACCUCAAGAACGUGCCCAUGGAGGAGAACCUCCGCGAAGAGGUGGCGAUGGACGUAGACGAGGACGAGGAAGGGACCCAGCAGGUCAAGCGGGUCUCGGACUUUGGCAUCGAAGUCGAUUUCGACAGUCUGGACGAGGACGAGCGCGAGGACGGCUCGGCCGAGACAUUGAAGGAACUCGACGAGUCCAUCUCGAAAGUCAACGCGGAGAUCGAGCACAUGGCCCCGAACCUCAAGGCUAUGGACAGACUCGACGAUGUCGAGGCGAAGCUCGUAGAGACUGAGAAGGAAGCGGAGAGGGCGCGGACUGACUCCAAGAAGGCGCGCGAGCAGUUCAACGAGAUCAAGCGCAAGCGUUGCGAGAUGUUCAACAAGGCCUACAAUCACAUCUCGGAGCGCAUUGAUCAGGUGUACAAAGACCUCACGAAGGGCAAGAUGGCGCCGACUGGCGGUGUCGCGUACCUGACCCUCGAAGACAGCGAGGAACCAUAUACCGCCGGCAUUAAGUAUCAUGCGAUGCCGCCCAUGAAACGUUUCCGUGACAUGGAGCAGCUGUCAGGAGGGGAGAAGACGAUCGCGGCGCUUGCUCUGCUCUUCGCCAUCCACAGCUAUCAACCAUCGCCCUUCUUCGUGCUGGACGAGGUGGAUGCCGCGCUGGACAACACGAACGUGGCGAAGAUCGCGAGCUACAUCCGGUCGCACGCGUCGGGGACGUUCCAGUUCGUCGUCAUCAGUCUCAAGGGCUCCCUAUACGAGCGGAGCAACUCCUUGGUUGGUAUCUUCCGAGACCAGGACGUGAACAGUUCGCGGACGCUGACACUGGAUCUCACGCAAUACGACGACUGAGCCCGCCCGCUCGGGAGGUCCUUCUCGCACACCUGUGUCUUUGGUAUUUCAUUUUUUGUUAUCAUUCCUGCUAUGUUGUUGUGUCUGCUUGUUGGCUGUACACUAUGUAUUGUACGAAUCAUCGUCAUGAAGCC